AUGCCUGCCACUUCACUGUCCGCCGGCGGCGCUAACGCCAACGACAACAUCACACGCUUCGAGCCUCCCAGCCGUGCCCUCUCUCCCCUCAACCACGCCCUCUUCCACAACAAGACACGAUGCUUCGUAUAUGGCAUGCAACCCCGAGCCGUGCAGGGCAUGCUCGACUUUGACUUCAUCUGCAAGCGCACCACCCCCUCCGUGGCCGGUAUCAUCUACACCUUCGGCGGUCAAUUCGUCAGCAAGAUGUACUGGGGUACCAGCGAGACCCUCCUCCCCGUCUACCAGGACGUUGAGAAGGCCAUGGCCAAGCACCCCGACGUUGACACUGUUGUCAACUUCGCCUCUUCCCGUUCCAUCCGCUCCAUUGCCAUCAUUGCCGAGGGUGUCCCCGAGCGUCGUGCUCGUGAGAUCCUGGUUGCUGCCAAGGAGAAGGGUAUCACCAUCAUUGGCCCUGCCACCGUUGGUGGUAUCAAGCCUGGUUCCUACAAGAUCGGUAACACUGGUGGUAUGAUGGACAACAUUGUCGCCUCCAAGCUGUACCGCAAGGGUUCCGUCGGCUACGUCUCCAAGUCCGGUGGUAUGUCCAACGAGCUGAACAACAUCAUCUCCCAGAACACCGACGGUGUCUACGAGGGUGUUGCCAUCGGUGGUGACCGUUACCCCGGUACCACCUUCAUCGACCACCUGAUCCGUUACCAGGCCGAGCCUGAGUGUAAGAUCCUCGUCCUCCUCGGUGAGGUCGGUGGUGUCGAGGAGUACCGUGUCAUUGAGGCUGUCAAGAACGGCACCAUCACCAAGCCCAUUGUUGCUUGGGCUAUCGGUACUUGCGCCAGCCUGUUCAAGACCGAGGUUCAGUUCGGCCACGCCGGUGCCUCUGCCAAUUCCGAGCUUGAGACUGCCGUCCACAAGAACAAGGCCAUGCGUGAGGCCGGCAUCCACGUCCCCGAGACCUUCGAGGACCUCCCCCAGACCCUGAAGGCCGUCUACGACGCUGAGCUCCAGAAGGGCAACAUCAACCCCGCCCCCGAGCCCGUUGUUCCCAAGAUCCCCAUUGACUACUCUUGGGCCCAGGAGCUGGGCCUUGUCCGCAAGCCCGCUGCCUUCAUCUCUACCAUUUCCGACGACCGUGGCCAGGAGCUGCUGUAUGCCGGUAUGCCCAUCUCUGAUGUCUUCCGUGAGGACAUUGGUAUCGGUGGUGUCAUGUCCCUGCUGUGGUUCCGUCGCCGUCUCCCCAAGUACGCCAGCAAGUUCCUGGAGAUGGUUCUCAUGCUCACUGCCGACCACGGUCCCGCCGUGUCCGGUGCCAUGAACACCAUCAUCACCACCCGUGCCGGCAAGGACCUGAUCUCCGCUCUGGUCUCCGGUCUCCUGACCAUUGGUUCCCGCUUCGGUGGUGCGCUGGACGGCGCCGCUGAGGAGUUCACCAAGGCCUUCGACAAGGGUCUCAGCCCCCGUGACUUCGUCGACACCAUGCGUAAGGAGAACAAGCUCAUCCCCGGUAUUGGCCACAAGGUCAAGUCCCGCAACAACCCCGAUCUGCGUGUCGAGCUCGUCAAGGAGUUCGCCAAGAAGCACUUCCCCAGCACCAAGCUGCUCGACUACGCCAUUGCCGUCGAGACUGUCACCACCUCCAAGAAGGACAACCUGAUUCUGAACGUCGACGGUUGCGUUGCUGUCUGCUUCAUUGAUAUGAUUAAGAACUGCGGUGCUUUCACCCCCGAGGAGUCUGAGGACUACCUGAAGAUGGGUGUCCUGAACGGUCUCUUCGUUCUCGGCCGUUCCAUCGGUCUGAUUGCCCACUACCUCGACCAGAAGCGCCUGCGCACCGGUCUGUACCGCCACCCCUGGGACGACAUCACCUACCUGCUCCCCACCCUGGAGAAGGGUGGUAACGAGGGCCGUGUUGAGGUCAGCAUUUGA